AUGUCCUGUCGCUCCUACAGGAUCAGUUCAGGAUGCGGGGUCACCAGGAACUUCAGCUCCUGCUCCGCAGUGGCCCCCAAAACUGGCAAUCGCUGCUGCAUCAGCGCCGCCCCCUACAGGGGGGUAUCCUGCUACCGGGGGCUGACUGGCUUCAGCAGCCGCAGCCUGUGUAACCUGGGCUCAGGUGGAGGGCCCCGCAUGGCCGUCGGGGGCUUCCGCGCCGGCUCCUGUGGGCGCAGCUUCGGCUACCGCUCGGGCGGCGUGUGCGGGCCCAGCGCGCCCUGCAUCACCACAGUGUCUGUCAAUGAGAGCCUGCUGACGCCCCUCAACCUGGAGAUCGACCCCAAUGCGCAGUGCGUCAAGCACGAGGAGAAGGAGCAGAUCAAGUGUCUCAACAGCAAGUUCGCUGCCUUCAUCGACAAGGUGCGCUUCCUGGAGCAGCAGAACAAGCUCCUGGAGACCAAGUGGCAGUUCUACCAGAACCAGCGCUGCUGUGAGAGCAACCUGGAGCCGCUGUUCAGCGGUUACAUCGAGUCCCUGCGGCGGGAGGCCGAGUGUGUGGAGGCCGACAGUGGGCGGCUGUCCUCAGAGCUCAACCAUGUGCAGGAGGUGCUGGAAGGCUACAAGAAGAAAUAUGAAGAGGAGGUGGCUCUAAGAGCCACAGCAGAAAACGAGUUCGUGGUUCUGAAGAAGGACGUGGACUGCGCCUACCUGCGGAAGUCAGACCUGGAGGCCAAUGUGGAGGCCCUGGUGGAGGAGUCCAGCUUCCUGAAGCGCCUCUAUGAGGAGGAGAUCCGCGUCCUCCAGGCCCACAUCUCAGACACCUCGGUCAUUGUCAAGAUGGACAAUAGCCGGGACCUCAACAUGGACUGCGUCGUCGCUGAGAUCAAGGCUCAGUAUGAUGAUGUUGCCAGCCGCAGCCGGGCUGAGGCUGAGUCCUGGUACCGCAGCAAGUGCGAGGAGAUGAAGGCCACGGUGAUCCGGCACGGGGAGACCCUGCGUCGCACCAAGGAGGAGAUCAACGAGCUGAACCGCAUGAUCCAGAGGCUGACGGCCGAGGUGGAGAACGCCAAGUGCCAGCGCGCCAAGCUAGAGGCUGCUGUGGCUGAGGCUGAGCAGCAGGGCGAGGCGGCCCUGAGCGAUGCCCGCUGCAAGCUGGCAGGGCUGGAGGAGGCCCUGCAGAAGGCCAAGCAGGACAUGGCCUGCCUGCUCAAGGAGUACCAGGAGGUGAUGAACUCCAAGCUGGGCCUGGACAUUGAGAUCGCCACCUACCGCCGCCUGCUGGAGGGCGAGGAACACAGGCUGUGCGAGGGCGUGGGCUCCGUGAACGUGUGUGUCAGCAGCUCCCGAGGCGGAGUCAGUUGUGGCGGUCUCACUUACAGCUCCACCCCAGGACGCCAGAUUGCGUCAGGCCCCUCAGCCAUGGGUGGCAGCAUGACAGUGAUGGCACCUGACUCCUGCAGCCCUUGCCAACCCCGCGCCUCCAGCUUCAGCUGUGGGAGUACCCGGUCUGUGCGUUUUGCCUAG